AUGGUGGUCAACCACAAGCUGCCGUUGGACAGCCUGCUGUACUGUGCCGCGCCCAUGGUCGGGCAGUCCGACCUCCCCUUCCGACUACAGACAGUUCGUAAUGGAGCUACAUCAACGUGGACCCAGAUGUAUCUCGCUUCGGACCUCAAUUCGGAUCGAGACAUGCUCGACACACUCUGUAAAGGUCUCGAGCUUGCCAAGACUGCACCCGAGAACAUGAUCUGCAGCAAACACAGCUCUUUAGUGGGCCACGCAGCGCCGCAAGUCGUGCAGAUUGCCGGCAACAGUGUCCAACAGCUCGUAGAAGCUUCGAGGAAAGUAGCACCAUUCACAGACGCAAUCGACCUCAACCUCGGCUGUCCACAACGGCACGCCGAGCAAGGUCAUUACGGCGCCUACCUGCUGCCUAAACAGAACUGGCCUUUGCUUGCAGAUAUCGUGUCGAAUCUUGCGCAAGCUGUCGACGUGCCCAUCACCACAAAGAUUCGCCUGACAGUUCCAAAAGAGCAGACUCCACAACUGACCGUCACGCUAGCUCGGGCGGGCAGCAGCCUCGUCACGUUGCACCCCCGCUUUGCGUCCUCCGUUCGACGCAGAAAGGGACUAGCGGAUCUGGAUCAGGUGGUCCAUGUUAGAGAAGCGCUACAAGCUGAAGGCCUUCUUAGAGACGUCGACCAGCCUAACGGAGAUACAGCCGUGGUCAGCAACGGAAACGUUCGAUGCUGGUCCGACAUUGUCGAUAAUCUCGCGUCGACAGGUGCGAGCGGCGUCAUGGUCGGCGAAACUCUGCUGGAAUACCCAGCUCUCUUCCACCCAUCCGUUACUGGGACAGAAGAAGUCGGUCCGUCGGCAGCGGAGAUGGCUCGAGAGUAUUUGGACCUCCGUGAUCAGUACCGUCACUUUGAAUCGCCACUCAAAGUGGUAAAGCAGCACCUGCAGUCGAUCCUCGGUUCAAUACCGUACACCACGUCCAUCGAUCCAGACACCUCAGCUAGACGAUAUCGCAACGCCUCAUCCAUGACGCAGAUCGUCAAGAGCAUAGAGUCUGACUCAGAUCUCGUUCAUUUCCGUCACCAGCAUCUUCAAGAGCAGCCCAUCAUUUGA